AUGAAGGUCUUCGUGGCAAUCUCUAGCGUUUUGGCCUUCGUUGGCCUUGCAAUCUGCCAAACUCAAACCACAUGCACUGCAGACGAUGUUCUCAAUUCGAUCACUGCAGUUCAGCAUUACGCAGAGAAGAUGCAGUCCGUAACUGAUUCUUCAAAUGAAAAUAUUGAUCCCGCUGGGGCCGUUUACAAAAACUUCGAGGGUCAAACCAAACAUUUCAAUGAGGAUUUGCAGUGCACUUUCAAUGCAACCACGGAGGAGCAGACCGCUAUUUGCAGUGCUUAUGAAGAAUUCGCGACGGCACAGCUGGGCUACCUCCACGUGGCCGAUGGACGCGAGUUCUACGACCAAAAUGGACACGGAGAUAACGCUGUGAAAAUGCAUGGAUAUAUUCUGCAGGCGCAGUACGGUUUGGAGAACUAUACAGCCGAAGUCAAAGAAGCAGCUCCGUCGUGUGCGAGCCGCAUUGAUACAGCUUAUACACCGCUGGGUGACCAGCUUCAAGCUCUGCUCCAGGCUUACCCCGGCACGGCUUAG